GUCAAUGACAACAUAAAGGGGACUUCACCGUUCCCUUCCCUCGGUUGGCCCCGGUUUCGAUUGUCCGAUCAGAUCAUCAUCUCCGUCUCUGGGAGUUCUCACCACAACCAUAGCAUCAAUUCGCCAUGUUCCCUUCUCUUCCUUCCUCUUCCCCGCUCUUCCUGCUAUGCCCUCUGCUCUUCUUCUUCCUCCUCAACCACUCCCCUCCAGCCGCCGCUGACUCCCUCUACAAAUUCUGCGGCCGGAGCGGCAACUACACCCCCAACAGCACCUACGCUUCCAACCUCAACCUUCUCCUCACCUCCCUCGACUCCAACACUUCCAACUCCGGUGGCUUCUCCAAAUCCAUCUUCGGUCAGGACCCCAACCAAAUCUACGGAGAAGCCCUCUGCCGCGGCGACACCAACGCCUCCGUCUGCCGCUCCUGCCUGGACACUGCCAUCCAGAACGCCCCCAUUCUCUGCCCUUACGCCAAAUGUGUCGUCAUCUGGUACGACUACUGCCUCCUCUACUACUCCAACCGGCAUUUUCUCACGACCAUCGACACCUCGAACGAGAUCUUGAUGUAUAACGUCAACAACAUAACCGACCCCAGCCGGUUCCACAAGCUUGUCGACGUGCUCAUGGACAGGAUAGCCGACUGGGCUGCCUACAACUCCACCGAGAUGUUCGCGACCGGGGAGAUGAUGAACUCCACCAACCCUCCUUCUCCGACGACAUAUGGGCUGGCGCAGUGCACUCGGGACCUAUCGACGAGCGAGUGCCGGCAGUGCCUCAGCAGCAUGCUUAACCCGACAGACCCCCGGUUGGAGGGGAGACAGGGAGCGAGGGUGCUUGGAGGGGGCUGCAAUUAUAGGUACGAGAUAUACUCCUUCUACGAAGGGAAACCAACGCUGAGGCUUCAGUCGCCGCUAGAGGCCGCACAGCCGGCGGCCCCCCAAGCGCCUCGACUUAUUACUCCGCCCGGAAAAGAAGGUAGGGGGAAUAAGAUUGUUAUUUCUAGCACCAUUGAACUUAGUUUAGAUUGGACUAGCCCAGAGGAGAUUGUGAGUGUCGAGUCCCUAUUACUUGAUAUAUCUACACUACGAGCUGCGACAGAUAACUUCUCCGAAGAGAACAAACUUGGAGAAGGUGGCUUUGGUGCAGUUUACAAGGGACUACUACCUGAUGGACGAGAAAUAGCAGUGAAGAGGUUAUCAACUAGUUCAUCACAAGGAUUUGGAGAGCUGAGAAAUGAGCUAGUUUUAGUUGAUAAGCUCCAGCAUAGGAAUCUUGUAAGGCUUCUGGGUGUUUGCUUGGAGGAACAAGAGAAGUUGCUUGUUUAUGAAUAUGUGCCAAACAGAAGCCUGGAUACCAUUCUCUUCGAUCGUAUAAAGCGCGAGCAGCUAAACUGGGGGCAAAGGUACAAGAUCAUUGGUGGGAUUGCUCGAGGCCUACUAUACCUACAUGAAGAAUCUCAGUUAAAAAUUGUACAUCGGGACUUAAAAGCCAGCAAUGUCUUACUAGAUGCAGAAUUGAAUCCAAAGAUUUCAGACUUUGGUUUGGCUAGGCUUUUUGGUGGAGACCAAACUCAGGCCACCACGAGCCGAGUUGUUGGAACAUUUGGAUAUAUGGCACCAGAGUAUGUCAUGCGUGGGCACUAUUCUAUAAAGUCAGAUAUAUACAGUUUUGGUGUUCUUGUUUUGGAGAUCGUGUCUGGAAGAAAGAAUAGUGGCAACUCUGAGUCUGGAUCUGCUCAAGACCUACUGAGCUAUAUUUGGGAGCGGUGGACGGAAGGAACAAUACUGGAAAAAUUGGACCCAUCCUUAGGCAACCAUUGCCCAAAAAGUGAAGUGUUAAGAUGCUUUCACAUUGGAUUAUUGUGUGUCCAGGAAAAUCCAUCUAAUAGACCCAACAUGUCACAAGUUGUUGUAAUGCUCAACAGCUACUCUUUUUCUCUCCAAGCUCCUUCCAGACCGGCAUUUUGCAUUGGAAAGAGUAGCAUGGGCUCAUAUGCUUCAGGCAAGGCAAUACCUAUGUCACCAAAUGAGCUGUCGAUUUCAGAACUUGAACCUAGGUAGAUAUAAGAAGCUAAGAAGAAGAAGGUUGAUGAAUAUCUUGAAUAAUUAUUCUUUCUUCGAGAAAACUUUAGAGUUUAUAUCAUGGAUGUUACACUUGUAUUUUUGCUCAACCUUCAGAAAUUCUAGAGGAACAAU